AUGGCUGUCCAAGCAACCCUCACCCAGUCCUCACCACCAGGCGCCAUAGACGAAAACGAACUCGCCAAAACAGCCGUCGAGUUCGCCGAGCAAUCAGAAAAGCUCUCUCUCCUCCCACCAGAACAAGGCAACCACGACGCCAUCGCGGUCGAAGCCCAAUUCGUAACCCCCCACGACACGGUGAUAGUAACAGCCGACGGCCACCGCCUCCCAACCGUCCCGGUCCAAGAAGCUCACAAGCUCAACGUCUUGCGAGAAGAACUGGAAACACAACUCGAACCAACCCACCACCACCACCCAGUCCAAUCCCCCAACGAAGAAAAAGCCAUUGCCCUCUCCCAGCAGCAAAAUGGCACCUCCCCAAACAAAAGAUCGACCGACGCCAGCCUCAAAAGGUCGAUGCCACCAUCCCACACCAACCCCUUGUUCCCCCCUCUACCUUUAUACGGCCCCCCUUCCCUUAUGACCCACAUCCAGUGUCUCAUCUUCCGAUUCACCUCCUUCUUCCUCUCCCUCGGUUUCUUAGCUGUCAUCGUCCUCGGCGCGCUAUUCACCUCCAUCGGCCCCUCGGUCCAACACCUCUGGCGACUCGUCACCCUUCGCAACCCCGACGCUUCCUCCCGCCCCUUUUACAAGGAAGAAACCCGCCGGGCCGAGAUCAGGAAACGGCAAGAAGAAGCCUGGUUAUCCGGCCACCGCCCGUCAGGUAAAACCCCCUACCCCCCCACCGAAGGCGGCCCCGACCCCUUGGUCUGCGACCCAGCCUACUACGCCAGAAGAGUAGGCCUCGAUAUCGAACCCUUUGAAGUCCAGACGGAAGACGGUUUCCUCAUCGACCUCUGGCAUGUCUACGAUCCGAAGGAGCACACCCCCUUGCCGGCUUGCGAACGUGCCCAUCGCGGCCCGGAGACCUUCACACCCCCGAGGAAACCCCCAUCCUCUCCAGCGAAGUUCCCGGUGCUGUUGAUCCACGGCUUACUGCAAUCCUCGGGGGCGUACUGCGUCAACGAUGACGACUCCCUGGCUUUCCUACUCGCCAAGGCAGGGUAUGACGUCUGGCUGGGCAACAACCGCUGCGGUUUCACGCCAAAGCACACGCUGCUGAAGUACUCCGACCCGAGGAUGUGGGCCUGGAACAUCCGCCAAAUGGGCGUCUUUGACCUCCCGGCUUUGAUCUCCCGUGUGUGCUACGAGACGGGGUUUUCAAAAAUAGGACUGAUCUGCCACUCGCAGGGCACGACGCAAGCCCUGGUCGCGCUGGCAAAGGAGCAGCGACCUGACCUCGGAGACAGAAUCACGGUUUUUUGCGGGUUGGCUCCGGCGGCGUAUGCGGGGCCGUUGAUUGGGAAGAUGUAUUUUAAAUUCAUGAGGGUCAUAAGCCCGGGGUUUUUCAGGGUCUUUUUUGGGAUUCACGCGUUUAUUCCGUUCAUGAUGGAGAUGCACAGGCGACUAAACGGGAGGGUAUAUGGCUGGUUGGGGUACAAGGUUUUCGGCUUCUUGUUUGGGUGGGGUGAUGGGAGGUGGGAUAGGGGGUUGAGGGACAGGAUGUUCAGGUUUGCGCCGGUUUUUGUCAGUAGCGAGAGUAUGAGGUGGUGGUUGGGGAGGGAGUGCUUUGCUAGGCAGAAGUGCAUACUAAGUACGAAGGAGGAGUGGAGGGCUGAGGAGAGGGAGGAUGGGGAGGUUGGCGAAGAGGGGGUUUUGGGCGAGGUAGAUAGGGAUAUGGCUGAUGGUGGUGGGGGGGGGAGGGAAAGAAAAAAGGGGAGGAGGAGGAAGGGGAGCACGGCUUGGUAUGAUGAGAGGGCGCCGCCUUUUGCGCUUUGGGUGGCGGGGGAUGAUGAUUUGGUGGAUGGGGAAAAGUUGCUGAGGCGGUUUGAGAGGGGGAGGGAGCCACAUGUGGAGGUGGUGCAUCAGAAGGUCAUUCCGGGGUAUGAGCAUUUGGAUGUGAUUUGGGCGAUGGAUGCGCCGGAGCAGGUGUUUAGGGAGGUGAAGGAGGUUUUGUGGAAGACGUGUGAUGUGAGGGGUGUUUGUCGGGUUCCCAAGGGGUGUGAGGAUGUUCCGGCUUGGAAGCCUAAGAAGAAGGAAGUGACAGGUGAUGAGGGGGAGGAAGAGGAGGAGGAGGAAGAGUUGCAGUCUAGUAGCAGUGAGGACUUGUGUCGGUGA